CGAGAGGCCUUCGGGAGGCGGACGUGGGAGCCGCGCCGGGUUCGGGAGCAGCCGGGCGAGUACCCAUGACGAAGUUGGCGCAGUGGCUCUGGGCACUGGCGCUCCUGGGCUGCACCUGGGCCGCUCUGGCCACGGGGGCCCUGGGCCUGGAGCUGCCGUCGUCAUGCCGGGAGGUCCUGUGGCCACUGCCGGCCUACCUGCUGGUGUCUGCCGGCUGCUACGCCCUGGGCACCGUGGGCUACCGCGUGGCCACUUUCCACGACUGUGAGGACGCCGCCCGCGAGCUGCAGAGCCAGAUCCAGGAGGCGCGAGCCGACCUCGCCCGCAGGGGGAUGCGCUUCUGACACCCUAACCCCGGUCCCACCCGGCCGCCCUUCCUCCCGUCGCCCAUUAAAGAGAAGCUUAUUUUCUAA